AUGCCAAACUUUUCACUUCCUCCCCCCUUUCUCAUCAACGAACUCUCCUACAUCCCACCCCCAUCAGCAAAAGCAUUCGAAGAAGAAUUUCCCGGUAUCCUUCCCCGAGGAAAAGAUAUCCCAUCAUCUCGAGGAACAAUCCACUACUAUGAUUUCCAUCCCUCCUCCUCUCCCUCAUCAAAUACCAAAAAAGUCCUCCUAAUCCACGGUAUUGGAACAAGUGCUAUUGGUCUCGCACCUCUUGCACGUCAACUCAUAACCUCGGGAUCUCACGUCGUGAUUUACGAUCUCUGGGGCCAUGGAAAUUCUUCUACUCCGUUGGAAGCACAUACCCCGGCGUUGAUGCACUCACAGAUUUUUGAAGUUCUUUCGUGUUUGGGAUGGAAGGAAGCGCAUUUUGUGGGGUUUAGUUUGGGCGGGAGUAUUGUGGCUACUUUCGCGGCGGUGUAUGAGCAGGUUGUGGAGAGUGCGGUGAUUAUAGCUGGAGCGGGACUGUGGAAAAAGAGGAAUAGUGGAUGGUGGGAUAGGUUGCGGAAGGAUGGAGAGUGGAUGGUAGAUGAAGAGAGUGAUUAUAUUAUCAUUGAGGAAUUAGAGGGUUACGCUCCCUCAAAUAGAAACUGGAAGGAUGCAUUUAAACAGGGAGAAUUUGUUUCCGAACCAAUUAAACGGUGGCAGAGAGAAAAUCAUAAAGGGCAUCAAGCGAGUGUGGUUAGUAUUUUUAGAUAUGGAAAUGUGUUUGAUCAGCAUGAGAGUUAUAGAAAGUUGAUUGAGAGUGGGAUUAAGAUUUUGGUGAUAGUGGGGGAAUGUGAUACUUCGUUUCCGCCGGAGUUUGUGAAGAGAGAGUUGGGGGGGUUGGGGUGGGGGAAGGAGAUAUUGCAGGUGCGUGGGGCCGGGCAUGGUUUGGUGAGGACGCAUGAAGAGGUGGUGGGGAGAUUUAUUGAGGAGUUUUGGGAGAGGGAACUUGGGGUGUGA